AUGGCGGCCAGAGACCCUAAAUCCUCGGUUGGGACGGUGCAAAAGAUCGCGGACGAGGAUAACCACCCUCAUCGUUCGCUGGGCCAUGUUCGCCUGCGCCAUCAUGAAACCAACGAGGUUAUUUUGGUCCCUACUCCGUCGGACGACCCGAACGAUCCACUGCGAUGGUCUACUUCGUACAAGAUAUACAUUGCGGUUCUUGUCUCUCUAGCCAUGGUGAUGUGCAACUUCAUGUCCGCCGGUCCGACCGUCGCCAUGGUGGACGUCGCGGCAGACUUCAACUCGAGUGUGUCUCGCGCAGCCUACUUUUUCAACAACAGUGCACUACUCCAAGGAGUCUCCAACUUAAUUUGGGUUCCGCUCCUGAACAAGUACGGUCGGCGGCCCAUCUACAUAUCAGCAUACCUGCUCUACUUCUUCAUGAUCCUGGGCGCCGGGUUAGCCAAGACAUAUGCCGGUGAGCUGACCACGCGCACCAUCCUGGGUGUGGGCGCAGGGGCAGGAGAGUGUUUGGCUCCAGUCACAAUUGCCGAUGUCUUCUAUCUCCACCAGCGCGGCUAUGGCAUGGCAAUAUACAACUCCGCCUUGAGCGCGGGUGUCUCCUUUGGCAUCAUCAUCUCUGGCCUGGUGACGAUCAACCACUCCUGGCGGGUUAUCUACUGGGUCGGUUGUGCGCUUGUCGGCGCUCUGUGGAUUGUGGUCGUCUUCUUCUUCCCUGAGACUGCAUUUCGUCGAACGGACAAUGUCGAUGACCUUUACAACACGCAGAAGCAUGCCGAGCAUGUCGAGUCCCGGGGCGAAGAGACACUCUCCCGCAAACAGAGCUACCUGCAGAGUCUGCGCUUUUGGUCCGGCCAGACAUAUACAGAUGAGUCCCUGUGGCGGAUGUUCAUCCGACCCUUUGGCCUCAUCCUGCUGCCUCCGAUCUUCUGGGCGACGAUCGUCAUGUCCGUGACGAUUGGCUUUCUCGUGGCGGUCACUUCGAACUUCGCCACCGCUUUUAGCGAAACGUAUGGGUUUGCUGCCUGGCAGAGCGGGUUAUGCUUCAUUGCCGGCAUGCUGGGCUGUUUCUUCGGCACCUUCGCCGGAGGGCCCUUCUCCGACUGGGUGGCCGACUAUCUCACCAAGCGCAAUGGCGGUAUUCGAGAGCCGGAAAUGCGUCUGCCCGCCAUCAUUCCGAGUGUCAUUGCUGCGCCACUGGCGCUGCUGCUGUAUGGCUUUGGCAUCGAUCGUGCCUGGCACUGGAUUGUGCCGACCAUUGGCCUUGGGCUAUGUAGGUUGUGCCCAACCGAGAUCAUGACAAUACACAUUGCUAACGCAUCUUUGCAGUGUCCUUUGCCAUCAGUCAGGGAACGAAUGUCUCCUUCGUGUAUUGUGUCGACGCCUACCGACCGGUGGCUGGAGAAGUCGCCGUUACUCAGCUUGCCUUUAAAUGUAGGACCCAUCUUUCUUGUUACGCUAUAA